AUGGAGAUGAAAAUCGAGUUGAACAUGGGUAGUUUCAUCUUCGGACUCAGUGCUACCAUAGUUACAGCGGUUCAGGAAGGUUCACGAAAAGAAAACACCGCUGGCCAUCUCGAUUCGCCGGUCGACCAUCACUUACUCUUUUCUAUCGCCAGCAAGCACAACCCUGAGGCACGUGAACUUCUCCCUUUGUUCCACUGGUCGUGCAUUUAUCUGCAGGGCACCGCGGACGGGGAACGAGAAAGCACUACACCUCUGAAUUUAGACAUGUUCACAUCGGCGUCAGCCACGUCGCACUGCGAACUUUUCCAAUGCACCCUGAAGAUCAGUUUCCAGCUCGACGAACGCUGUCUCAAACGCUGGCUGUAUGACAGGAUCCGGUUUGGCAUUCCGGCAUUACUCCAUUAA